CUUCGUUGCUUCAAGCAUGGGAAACUGGCUGGUGAAUGAGGGAGUUUCCAUCUUUGUGAUUGAAAUCUAGGAUAAAACAUCAGGACACAUCACAGCUAAAAAGAAGAGGAGAUAAGACCAAGUAAAUCAAGCCUGCUGGUGUGGCUUGGAAUAAACGCAUUUCUCUUUCAGCACUACUUUUUCAUCUAUGAGGAUGGAGAAAAGUUUUAUUACACACGAGAGCUUGUUGGAUCUGCUCUGGCAUGGGCUAGAGCACCUGCAGCAUGUCUGAACUUUAACUGCAUGUUGAUCCUUCUGCCAGUGUGCCGAAAUCUGUUGUCAUUCAUGAGAGGAUCAUGUGGGUGCUGCAGAAGACAAUUGGACAGGAACAUCACCUUCCAUAAGCUGGUAGCUUAUAUGAUUGCUCUGCAUACAGCCAUUCACAUCGUUGCACAUUUAUUCAACAUUGAGCGAUUUAUGGACUGUCAGCUGGGCGAAAGUGGACCACUUAACACUGCUUUGUCUAAAGUGGGAAAUGGAGAUUAUCUGAAUCCAAUUAGAACCACUAAGACGAAUCCCACUAAAGUGGCAUUCACAACCUUGGCUGGGUUGAGUGGGGUUGCCAUCACUCUGGCUCUGAUAUUGAUGAUAACAUCGUCAACAGAAAUAAUCAGGAGGUCAUACUUUGAAGUCUUCUGGUACACUCACCACCUUUUUGUGAUCUUUUUUGCUGGGCUUGUGAUCCAUGGAGUUGGGCAAAUUGUUCGUGGUCAAACAGAUAGCAGCCUGAAGCAGCAUAAUGCCACCUAUUGCAAGGAUUAUUAUAAGGAAUGGGGGAAUAUCACAAAGUGUCCUGAGCCUGUUUUUUCAGGGAAUCCACCAAAGACUUGGGAAUGGGUGGUGGGUCCGAUGGUCUUGUACGUCUGCGAGAGAUUCGUCCGAUUUUGGCGAUCGCACCAGAAAGUUGUCAUCACAAAGGUUGUUACCCAUCCCUCUAAAGUGUUGGAGCUGCAGAUGAAGAAGCGAGGUUUUAAGAUGGAGGUUGGCCAGUAUGUUUUUGUCCAAUGUUCAAAGGUUUCGAGGCUGGAGUGGCACCCUUUCACAUUGACCUCCUCUCCAGAGGAAGAUCACUUCAGCAUCCAUGUGAGAAGAGUGGGAGACUGGACAGAUAGUUUGUUCAAAGUAUGUGGCGGAGAUCAAAAAGAAUUCCAAGAAGCAUGGAAACUUCCCAGAAUUGCAAUUGAUGGUCCUUUUGGCACAGCCAGUGAGGAUGUCUUUCUCUAUGAAAUUGCCGUCCUUGUUGGAGCAGGAAUUGGAGUUACUCCCUUUGCAUCCAUCCUCAAAUCGGUCUGGUACAGGUACACUCACUCUGAUCCUGAUCUCAAACUGAAAAAGAUCUACUUCUAUUGGCUAUGCCGAGAAACCAGUGCCUUUGAAUGGUUUGCUGACCUCCUCCAGUCACUUGAGUCACAAAUGCUUGAAAGAGGCAAUUCUGAUUUCCUGAGCUAUAACAUUUAUCUCACUGGAUGGGAUGAAAAUCAGGCCACUCACUUUGCCAUGCACCAUGAAGCCCAAACGGACGUCAUCACAGGACUCAAACAAAAAACUUUGUAUGGGAGACCAAACUGGGAGAACGAGUUCAAAAGCAUUGCAACCAAACAUCCAAGCACUAACGUGGGAGUCUUCCUCUGUGGGCCAGAGGCUCUGGCUAAAACCUUAAACAAGAUGAGCAUCGCCCACUCAUCUGCUGAUCUGAGAGGAGUGCAUUUUAUAUUUAACAAGGAAAACUUCUAAUUCUAUUGCUAUUACCUUUUCUUCUGAUUCUACAUCACUUGUAGUUUUUUGUGAUAAAGCACAUUCUCAAAAAGGCAUGAUAUAAUCACCGUACAUCUAUAUUAGCUAGCAUUGUCAUUCAUUUUUCCAUUAGUUUCUUAAAUGGCUCAGAUCCAGCCUUCUUGUUGCUAAGUGUCUGUCUCUGGGUAUCGGUGUGUCCCCAAAAGCAUUGGGACAAUAACCCUUAUUCUGUGAAAACAGCUGAUUACAAAUUUAAUACUUGCCAGCACGUACCAAAUGAGUCCAAACUCAUGUCUGAUACCUUUGACCCCACUGCUUGUGAAAUAUUUGCAGAGAAGUGAAUUUUCAAUGUGAUUUUAAUUUGCGGGUUUCCAAUAUGUUAUGGUUAUUCAUGGGCUUUCAAUGUCUGUAGAAGUUUAUGGAUCUUUAACACAUGGGAAAAGAAGAGGUUCAAUGACCAACUCAAGUUAAUGAAGCAUCAAGUGAAAUCUACUUUUUGCCACAUCCGAGGUAAUCAGAAAUCAAAAAGUCUCAGGGCAGUCGUUCAAAUUUAAACUGAACAGACUAACUGAAGAAUGCCCAAAGCUUUGCCAUACAGACAACCUGCUUUACCAACUGCUGUAAAAUAGAUCCUCAGAAAUUGUUGACACUUGAUGUUGAAUUUGUAUAGCAGAACAAAGCUGCAAAUGUCUAGUUCUCAUAAAACAAAAGUAAUUUGUAUAUUGUUUAAUCCUUUGAGUAAUGAAAGUCUCAGAUUUUAAAAUAAGCAUCUAUUUUAUUGAAUAAAACGCAAUACGUCUCUAUUUAGUGUCAAUGAAUAGGAUUUAAUGAGUACUUAAAUAAAAAAGUUCAAAGAUUA